AUGACGCGUGAGUGUAUCGAUCUGACUUCUGACGACGACGAGGGGCUAGACAACCGCGUGCUGCCACCUCGGAAUCACACCAGCCUGGGCUCUUCUACCGCCUCUCGAAAGAAGCGACCAGAAGACGCUCGUCCAUGCACACAAGAUGGAGGGCAACCUCGUGAAGGCGGCCUGAGAAAUAUCUCGCAUCCACGUCACGGGCUAUCCAACAAUGAUCCCAUCCUGCUGGAUGAAGAGGACGAAGUCGAUGCUGCCACCACCACCUCUACCACCAAUACUCUCCGCUCCACCCUCAACUCGCACAAUCGAACCGUCAGACUGGACGGGAGGAAUGACGCUACAGCAACCUCAACAAGCGGAACCAAUCGCCAGGCACAUCAAAACAACAGCACACUCACCACCAACGAGGCCAGAAGUGAUGAAGGAGUGAAUGACGCCAAUCGCAUAAACAGCAACAGCAGCACAGCUGCAGCUACACCACCUGCACCCGUGACACCACCCGUGACACUGCCAUCUCGUCGGCGCCCACUACCCAACCUCGGGAAGACCGUGCUAGGCCCAGGCAUGCCUCCACCGCUGUACCCUGACCUGCCGAACUUCGGCGGACCGUGGCUCGUGAAAGACCGCGAAGGGGAUAUCCCCCCAAUCUGGGUUCCUUACAGAUCGAUCCCACAAGAUAUGACACCACUGCCACCUGAGCCGCUACUUGAUGCAGAGCCGGGCCCCGAGUUUGACAUGAUCGAAUCGGACGUGGACGUGGAUGCGGACAUGGAUAUGGACUCUGAAGAGGCAGAAGACCUUAAGAUGGCGAUUGCAAUGUCCUUGGAAGACCAGGGUGCGUUGUUGGUCAGCAGCGGUAGCAGCGCUGCGAGGAUGGAUGUCGAUGUUGAUCUCGACAUCGGUGAAUAUGAGGAUGAGGAUGAUGAAGAUGUGAGACCUGCGUUUCGUGCCAGUCAACUUAAGCGGAAGAAAAGGGCACCACCCGGAGCGGAAUUUCCUAUGAGAAGAAUGCAUGCGAGACCGAUCUCGAUUGAUUUGACUCGCCCGGGCCAUGGAACAGCUACAGACACGGAAUCAGAUAGAGAUACAAACGCUAUGGGUGCGAGUUUGGGGCCAUGCCCACGUCGUCGCAGCAAUGACUUACUCAGUACACACGGCCAAGACGGAACCGCAGUUCGAAGCAUCGAAGCCAUUGAAUCGCCAGUUCGCACAGCCUUGGGUUUGCAGACGCGUCAGACAUUGACGUCGGCAGCAGGAGCAUCAAUUCGCGACGAUCGAACCAUUUCAGCUUCCCCAACCACUGCAACAACUACACAGGGUCAAAAAGGGCCGACAUCGGAACCGUCUGAGCUCACAUCGUUCAAUCUAUUAACUCUGAACCGACACGCAAUGGAGGCGGAGCGGUUGAUGCGACUUAAGCGGAAGCGUGAAGCAGAAGCAGAAGCAGAAAUAGUGGUAGUGGAUGGUGAUAUCAACAGAGGAAGAGUGCCUGCUAGGUCGAACCGUGAAGGGUCCAAGACCAUUAGCCCCUCUCCACCACCGUCGAGGAGAGCGAGAUUAGGCGUACAAGGGACCUCUCUCCAUCAACCCGGGAGUGCUGCCGGCGUCGCGGAUGCCAAGGGAGCAGCAGCAGCAGCAGCGACGGUACCAUCAACUUCACAGCGAGUACAAGGAUCAGCACCUACCUCGUCGAAUGCUAUGUAUUUCCCCACCGGCAAAGUAUUUCAAACCUACAUCAACGGAUUCCCGUCCGCAAACACAAUAACAUUUCCUCAACUGAUCGGACGCAAGGAGUCAUUGACCGGUUGCCUGCUCUCGAGUUUCGUCUGGGACUUCGACUGGCUGUUGCCGCACUUUGCGACAGCUAAGACGAAGUUCCAGCUCGUGAUGCAUGCCAAAUCAGCCGCGCAGCGGGAAGCAUUACUUGGGGAUUUCCGCGGUAUCAGCAACGUGCGGCUCUGCUUCCCGCCCAUGGACUCGAUCAUCAAUUGCAUGCACAGUAAAUUGAUGCUGUUGUUCUACGACGCCAGUGAUAUGGACAUGGCUGUGGCGAUGAGCAUGCCCAGUCGAACUAUCAGCGGCACGAGCUGGCUGGCAGGGCCUCGAUGUCGCAUCGUCGUGCCGACGGCCAAUCUGACUGGGGCCGAUUGGGGGGUAGGCGGUGUCAUGGAAAAUACUGUGUUUCUGAUUGACUUGCCUGUAAAGGGGCAGCCAACCGCAGCUCCAACUGAUGCAUCAGGAGAAGGAAACGAGAUAGCGUUCCAGAAGUCCUUGGUGGCAUUCCUGCAAGCACAGACCGUGCCUGAAGACAUCCUCGAAAAGCUCGACCAUUUUGAUUUCCGAAAUACUGCAGAGUAUGGAUUUGUCCACACCAUCGGUGGUAUGCAUGGAGGAGAGCGGUGGCGUACGACUGGUCUGGGUGGCUUGUGUCGCACGGUCGCAGAACUAGGUCUCGCCAGCUCCAAUUCUCCUGAAGUCCACUAUGUAACCUCCUCAGUUGGCAGUCUGAACGAUGAAUUUAUGAGUGUUAUGUACUCAGCAGCCCAGGGGGACAACAAUGGGUUGACAGGUGCCCGGCACCGUACUACUGGGACAUUUCAACGUCAGUUGGGGGCAACAAAAGAUCCCAUCGUUUCCACCAGGGGCCUGACAGCCGCCGCAGUAACAGACAAGUGGCGUCAACGUUUUCGGUUCUUCUUUCCCAGCGAAAAUACGGUCAAGGCUUCCAUCGGGGGACCAGGCGCUGCAGAGACGAUUUGUUUCUCUGACAAGUGGUGGCAGAGUUCAAGAUUUCCCCGACAGAACAUGCGAGAUUGCGUUUCUGCGAGGCGUGGCUGUCUGAUGCACAACAAACUCAUGUUCGUGGGAUACCCCACCCCUGUAGUGAGGAGUUUGAAGACUGGAAAGAGCAAAAGCUACAUUGGCUGGGUCUAUGUUGGAAGUGCAAAUCUCUCAGAAAGUGCAUGGGACAGUGCACAUGACAUUCUGGGCCAGACCGCUGUCGUUGGCGCAACAAUUCGGUUGGAAAGACAUCAAGCUGACAUGUAUACUUCCUGCAGGGGUCGACUUGUUCAGGACAAGAGCACAGGGACUCCCAAGUUGAAUUGUCGCAACUGGGAAUGUGGAGUCAUUGUUCCUGUUGAAGAGGAGGGUGAAGAUAUGAAAUCAUCGACCAACAGCAGUGGUGAAGGCGCGCUCGUCGUGAUGGGUAGGGUCGUCCCAGUCCCAAUGGAGCACCCCGGUAAAAGUUUCGAAGGAAGAAAACCCUGGCUGUUCUCGGAAGGGAUUACGCGGUGA